AUGGAAAUUGAAAUUGAAAACCCAGUUGAUGUCCUUGACAACAGUAAAAUGACCAAUUUGGAUACGAAAGAAAAACUAGAGAAAAAUGAUUUACCACUACUUCAACCAUCAACUAGUCAUGAAGAUGAAACAAACUGGGAUAAUUGGACACCAGCUACUUUACGUCAGCCAAUUUCUGAAAAAAUAUUAGUUACAACCAACAAACAAAAUAAAUUUACUAAAGAAAAAUCUUUGAAGCGAAAAACAAUGCGACUGUAUGAUGAUACUGUAAAGAAAAAGACUGAGGUCUAUGAAAAACAAUUGGAAAUGAUUGAAGUUGAAAAGGAAAGAACGAUGAUACGCUUUGAUUGGGAAAAAGUUGAACAUGAACUUCGUGUAGAGGCAUUAAAGUUGGAAGUCGAAAUAAAA